AUGGCUGCUGACGUUCAACCGGUUGCGCAGAUCAAGCUACCUGCUCGGCCAUCUUCUCUUAGCCCCGAACAGACUUACUGGCGAACGUUCAAAUCACCGCUGAACAUUCCGUCCCCUACGAAGCAUGCAAUCACCCAUGUUUCACAACCGCAGCCGACCUCCGCUGGUCAAGCCUCCUCCGACUUCUUCGUUGUAACUACUGGGGCUCGAGUCCAACUAUUUUCUCAGAAGACGCGGAAACUCGUCAAGACCAUCACUCGUUUUGACGAUACAGCCUAUAGCGGUGAAGCGCGUUACGAUGGACGCGUACUCGCGGCAGGAGAUGAGACUGGUGCGAUUCAAGUGUUCGAUGUGAACUCAAGAGCGAUUCUCAAGACGUGGAAAGAUCAGAAACAGGCUGUUCAUACCGUGAAAUGGAGCCUGAGGGAGAGCACAUCUCUGAUGAGCUGUGGCGAUGACAGGACCGUCAGGCUUUGGGACCUCCCCAGUGAAUCCAGGGUCGAAUCCUUUCGUGGACACCAGGACUAUGUUCGAACCGGCUCUUUCCUCCCCAGUCAGGCUAGCAACCUGCUCGUCUCCGGAAGCUAUGAUCAGACUGUUCGACUAUGGGAUCCUCGAAUACCGACCGGGGCUGUGAUGACAUUCAAACACAUUGCUUCGGUGGAAGAUGUUCUCUGUAUGCCUUCGGGGACAGCAAUUCUCGCUUCUGCCGAGAACCAAAUAGCGGUCCUGGACAUUGUCGCUGGCAGACCUCUGCACAUGAUCAAGAACCAUCAAAAGACCGUCACCUCCUUGUGCCUGGCCUCGAAUGGUACGAGAGUCAUCAGUGGCGGCCUCGAUGGACAUAUGAAGGUGUUCGAAACAACAGGCUGGAAUGUGGUUGCUGGCUCGAAAUAUCCUUCUCCUAUUCUCUCUUUGGCUGUAAUUGCGUCUGGUACUCCGCGCGAGGACAGACAUGUCGUCGUCGGUAUGUCCACAGGUCAGUUGAGCAUCAAGACAAGAUUGUCUGGCGAGCAAAAGGUCAAAGAGCGGGAAAGGCAGAAACAAAUGGAAGCGUUGCUUGCAGGCAAGAUCGAAGAAUAUGACAAGAAGCAGGCCAAGAAGCGGCCGAGCGGGUUUGAAAGGCGACUCCGAGGUCGAGACUACGCUGGGGAAGAUGCCGAUAUCAUUGUUGAGGGCAAUAUACGGCAAAAGCAAAAGAAACUCGCUCUCUGGGAGAGGGAGUUGCACAGAGGGAAAUACCGCCUGGCUAUGGAUAUGGCCGUCGCAACGGCCGACAAAAUCACCAUUGUCACGCUCCUCAACACCCUACGAUAUCGAUCCGCUCUACGUGCUGCCCUGGAAGAUCGUGACGAGACCCAGCUUCAACCCCUUAUGAAUUGGAUCUGGAGGAACAUUACGAAUGCGACCUUUGUCCCUUUGUGUGUGGAGGUAUCCAUGAACAUUAUUGAUCUGUAUUCCAGACAUUUGGCGGAGAGUGAAUCUCUUGCCAGACAGGUCAAGAGACUACGAGAGAGGGUUCAGGAGGAGGUCAACCGCGCACAAUUAGCAGGAUUGACAAGGGGCAUGCUGGAACUUUUGACUCCUGAUUUGGCGAAUUAG